CAGUUUCUAACCCUAUUUUCAGUGACAAUGGUGAAUUUUGUUUUUUAAGUCCAUUAUUUGAAGUAAUAACACACAGGUUGGAGCUUAGGCAAGUUGUCAGACAAAGUGAACUCCAGCUGAUAGACGCUAUUGCACAAUGUUCUAUGGGUAAUCCAACCAGUGAUUGUGUUAAAUUUAUUCAAAGCCUUGCCCGACAGUUACAGAGCCCAGAUGCUGCAACAAAACUUUUUUCAACAAAUGAACAAGUUGACGAAUACAACCGUACUAAAAUUAUGGAAUUUCCAGGACAGCUGUAUGAAUUCCUGUCUGCAGACACUGGUGAACGGAAUUUUCUAUCACAAAUGAUUAUACCAAAACAUCUUUGGUUAAAAAUUGGAGCCCCUGUUAUUCUGAUGAGGAACCUCAGCGAUAAGCUGGUGAAUGGACUGAAAGGCGUGGUGUCUGCAAUUACGGAAGAGGGUCCAAUUGUUAAAUUUGGAGAGAAAUCAGUUCCUGUUCCAAGAAUGAAAUGUUCUGUUUUCAGUCCUUCAAAGAACCAUGAUGUUGCUGUUCGAGAGCAGUAUCCAUUGAAGCUUGCUUUUGCCAUUAGUAUCCACAAGUCGCAAGGCAUGACCCUUGAAAGUGUGGAAAUCAAUUGUAAAGGCAUAUUUAAGCCGGGCCAACUUGGAGUAGCACUGGGAAGGGCGCGUACCACAGAUGGAGUGAGAGUGGUGAACUUCACGCCCAGUGUUUGUUUGAAGCAACCCUCUGUAGUUCAAGACUUCAUUCAACGUGACAAUUCUACAAGGCCAUUUCUGACAGAUCACAGCUGUUGCAGAAUAACUUCUAGAACAAGGGAAGAUAAUGCUGAGCUUUCAAACGUUACAGUUGAGAACCUGCUUACAUCAGAGGCUGAUAUUGACAUUGGUGAAAAUGAAAGUACCUCUGAAGAAUUCGAUGAAGAAUUUGACAACAUCAUCAAAAGUAUCGAUGAACUUCAAACUGAAAACAUUAAGUUGCCUGAAGAUUUAGAUUUAGAAGCAAUUUUACAGAAUUUAAAAUGUGAAAAUGUUGUAACACCAAUGCAGUUGAAAGCAAACAAUAUUGUAAGUAAUAUUGAUAGGGAGAAAUUUGAACACUUUGUGAAAAUAAUAUAUUCAAAAAUUAUGUCGUUCAUGGAGAGUUUAAAAAUUGAUGCAAGUAAUGUGGCACCUGUUUCUGCACAAAAGCUAACAGAAUUUUACUCAAAGAUGCAUGUUUAUCAGACAAGUGCUGAGUACAGAAUGAGUUGUUUGUCAUUCUUUAAUAAUGAAGUAUUUACAGAGGAACAUUUACAUGUGUCUUUUAAUAUUACAAAUUCGGUUCGAAUAUAUAUACUUAAAAAACAAGCUGAAAUGAUCCCAAUUACAAGUAAAAAAAGCACAGAAAGAAAAAUCACCAAUGCAGCACAGGCAAGAGUACGUUAUGUUGGUGGUUACUGUAUCGCAAAGCUACACUACAAAUAUAUACAAAAGAAAAGAAGUACCAUGUACCAAACAGACAAAGCAGAUAUGUUUCAGGAAGCUGUUAUAAGUGCAAAUAUUCUGGACAGUUUAAGAGUACAAGAGCAAGACACAAGCAUGCCAGAAACCAUGUUAGACAUUAGUAGGAGGCAAAAUCAAAACAGAUCGCUUACCAACAUCCCUGAUUCACUGUACAAUUUCUAUUGUUCUAUCACUGAACAAUCCUUAAAAUUAUUGGUUGACGAAAACCUAAAAAAACAUGGUGAAAAUAUGUUCGAAUAUUCAAAAAACACUUUAGUUGAAAAUAAAAAUUUAUAUCACCAGUUUUAUACUGCUGUGAAAGACAGUUGUCAGAAGACUGUUGACAUUUAUAAUAAUAUAAUUGACAAUCAAGAUUUUGAAAAACAUAUUUACAUUAUUUAUACAAAAUUAAUUAAAAUCUUUUUGAUGGUCAUGGUAAAUCAAUUUAGAAAAGACAUUCUGGAAAAUUUUCAAAUAAAAAAGAAAAUGUCACACAGAAAACAAAUUUUGGUGUCUACUAAAGGUGAAAAAAAGCCACGUAAAAAUAUUUCAAAAAAAAGUCCAACAGUGAUUGACAUUGAUCAACCAAGUACGUCUACACAAGUUUUAAUUAAAAAGAGAAAAAAUGAGUCGGAUUCUGACAGUGACAACUCUCCAGUGGAGGAAAACGAUGAAGUUCUUUGCCUUGUUUGUAACAAGAAAACAAAUUCCACAAACAAAGGAGCCAUAGCUAAUCAGUGGAUUCAAUGCGACAAGUGUGAAGGCUGGAUCCAUCGUUUGUGUGCUGGUCUUUCACACCAUUUGAAAUGGAAAAAGGCCCAACGUGAAGCGUCAUUGUUCUUCUGCAAACAGUGUGAAUAAAAAGUGUUUCUAUGUAAAAAGUUGCUGAGGAAUAGCUCGGACAAGAAUUGCACUAUAUGUACAAUGGAAAAUUUCAAAGGGCCAUAACUUUGUGAAAAAUCAUCCGACCAGAACCGACUGAUAAUAUGCACAUCUCCUCUUGGUAGUGAAGCUUCCCAUAAAGUUUCAUUGAAUUCCGGUCAUUAGUUGCUGAGAAAAUAGCCCAGACAAGAAUUGCACUAUAUGUACAGUUAAUGGAAAAUUUCAAAGGGCCAUUACUUUGUGAAAAAUCAUCCGACCAGAACCGGCUGAUAAUAUGCACAUAUCCUCUUGGUAGUGAAGCUUCCCAUAAAGUUUCAUUGAAUUCCGGUCAUUAGUUGCUGAGAAAUAGCCCGGAUAAAAAUUGUUUAUUUCAAAUAAAAAAGAAAAUGUCACACAGAAAACAAAUUUUGGUGUCUACCAAAGGUGAAAAAAAGCCACAUAAAAAUAUUUCCAAACAAAGUCCAACAGUGAUUGACAUAGAUCAACCAAGUACUUCUACACAAGUUGAAAUUAGAAAAAGAAAAAAUGUGUCGGAUCCUGACAGUGACAACUCUCCAGUGGAGGAAAAUGAUGAAGUUCUGUGCCUUGUCUGUAACAAGAAAACAAAUUCCACAAACAAAGGAGUCAAAGCUAAUAAAUGGAUUCAAUGUGACAAGUGUGAAGGCUGGAUCCAUCGUUUGUGUGCUGGUCUUUCACACCAUUUGAAAUGAAAAAAGGCCCAACGUGAAGCGUCAUUGUUCUUCUGCAAACAGUGUGAAUAAAAAGUUUUUCUAUGUAUAAAUAUUAUUCAAUGUGUCAACAUUGCACAUUAUUUAAAUAAUUAAUGAACGGAUCACAUACAUAACUUACCAAGUAAUGAUUGUCAUUUUUGUGAACAAAUACUUGUGUGAGAAAACAGUGUUGACGUUUUAAAUAUUGCGCCGAAUUAUUGUUAGGAAGAAUUUAGAAGCGUUCCGAAACAUACACACCCCCACGACCUUCACCUUGUAAGCGUCUGAUGACAUGGAGCUUGACUCGAAAUUGCCGAUAAACAAUUCCCGAUUUACAACGAUU